UGUGAUGGUUUGAUCCUACAGCGCAGGGAGUGGAGGGAAGAAGCAACGAAGGCAGUUCAGGAGGAAAACAAACCCUGUCCCGCUGAUGUACCAGUAAUAUCUGUGAAAGAACUUGUGUUCAGUCUUUGGUUCAAACCUACAGAGUCAUCUUGUCGGAACUCUUCGACACAAAGCGAAUCAAUUUGGGGACUAUCGCAGAUUUUUUUUCAUGGCAAGGGCUUGUGGAUGAAGCUCCUUUAGUGAAACCAUCUGAUGACAGACAUUUACCAGCUGCUUAGCACCCAACACGAGGAUGUGUCCAUAGAAAGUGAUAGACACCCAUGUUGACCAUCAAGCUGAGGGGAGUUGAGGGAAUAAGAACCAACCAAAGAAAAAGGGAGAAGACAUUGUGUGGAGAGGAGAAAGGGACUGAACACAACUCAACAUUACGGACUUGUGACUCAUCAUUUUAACCAGAGAAGGACUGCCACACAAAUGUGGACGUCCCAAAAAGUAGUAAAAUAAUUUCCCCUUUCCAUAUAGAAGACAACAGCAAUAAUAUCUGUGAUGUCUGAAAACAAAGACAUAACGAGUCGCCACCUGCGGCACAAGCUGCAAAGCCUGGGACGACGGUUGGAUGAGCUUGAGGAGGCCACCAACAAGCUCCAGAAGUCUGAAGAUGAGCUGCUGGAUCUGCAGGACAAGAUCAUCCAGGCAGAGGGCAGCAACUCCUCCAUGCUGGGCGACGUAGAGGCGCUGCGCAAGCGGCUGCUGAGGAUUGAAGGCAAAGAUGAGGAGGUGUGCAAGGCAGAGGAUCUCUGCCGCACAGUGAGGGAGAAACUGGAGGAGGAGGAGAGCUUGACCAAGGACCUAAAGUCUGAGAUUGAGCGCCUGCAGAGAAGGAUGGCUGAGCUGGAGAAGUUGGAAGAGGCCUUCGGCAAGAGCAAGUCAGACUGCAGCCAGCUGUGCCUCAAUCUCAACGAAGAGAAGAACCUGACCCGGAAGCUCUCCUCUGAGCUUGAGGCCCUCAAGGCCCGUGUGAUGGAAGUGGAUGCAUCAGAGGUAAGGCUGGACCGGGCUGAGAAGUUCCUGGCAGGGGAGCUGGAGCAGCUCAAGGGCCUCACUCAGACUUUUGUGAGUGAGAGGAAGAGGCUCCUGGAGAAGCAAAGGGAGGAUGAGAAGUGUAUACUAAAACUGACAGAAAAGCUGGAUUGUCAGAAGAACAGGAUUGGCCGAGCAGAUCCCAGCCGCACAGACUUGAGGGACCUCCGCAUUGAAGGUGACCUCUCAUCUGGCCUGACUAGCAAGCUAGGGCGCAAGAAGAGCGUGGACUACCUGAAACUGGGCGAUGACGUUGGGCUAAGGAAUAAGUCAGAAAACGAGAAGAACAGCCUUGAUGGCCAGGAAGACAACAAAGUCAAGGAACUCACCCAGGAAGUUGAGAGGCUGAAGAACCGGCUGAAGCAACUGGAACUGGUGGAGGAGAAUCUCAAGAACACAGAGUCAAAGAACGGAGAGCUGCAGGAGAAGUUCCAACAGGAGAGGUCCCGCAGCCGAGCCCUCAACGAUCAGGUGGAGAAGCUUAGAAUGCAGCUGUGCAGUGGCAGCAGUCACGGCAAUGGAGGGCUUAGCAGUCCAGCAAAGGUCCUUGAGAAUGGCAAGGCAGAGAAUGAAGAGAUCAAUGUCCGGGGUGGUUUCAGGCAGGACAAGCCUAAGUACAGGAGUGCUGCAGCUGCAGAGCCAGGCGUCCCCAAGUACAAGAGCAGAGAGCUGUCCCCGCAGCACAAGAGGGAGACCAAGCUGAGGAGCAAAGAGCUGAGCAACUCUGAGGAAAGUUCUCCGAAGUCUGUCAGGAGGGCACUCAGUCCUUCACACAAGAGCAGGAGGACACCAAAGACUGGAGCCUCAACUGCCUCUGACAAUGUAGUGAAAGAAAUAGGGAGAAGGGUGGAGGACAAAACAACAAGGGGAGGAGCCCAUACUCCUGUUAGCACGUCUUUGAGUGACAGCAAGAAGGUCUCGGUUCUUAAUCGCUACCCUCCAGCAGCUAAUGACCAGAAGCCAUGGAAGACAUCUCAGAAACCAAGUGAGAGUGAAAGCAAAAAGAGCCAAGUGGAUAAGUUUUCUAGAUUGAAUGUUGGUUGUGACGGUGAGUCAAACAAUUCUGUUGUGGUGCCUGAAAGCUCAAGCAAGAGCAACACAGUCUCCCCUCCUGAAAAGGAUGCUUCUGCGUCUGACCUGGUGUCUGUGGACCUGGUUCAAGAGGCUCCUCCAGUGUCAAACCUCUCACAGGCCAAUGGGUCGUACACUGCCUACAAGUCCCAUGUGUCCCCGCUGGUCAGUGAUCAUGGGUCUGAGGGUCACUCUUCAGCCUCUGAGACUGAAUCCACUGGGUCCAGGCCCUCAGAACCAGAGCCUGUGUCUGAGGUGGCAGCACUGAGUAGCAGAACCUCCAACCCUCCCAAGUACUCUAGAUACUCUCGCCUACAAGACUCCCAGUCAGAGGAUUCCUCCACCAGGAGCUCUAUUGACGAGGAGCAGAACAGGCUGUUAAUGGCAGAAGGAGGAUCUCUGGAGCCCACUCACACCCCAGCAGGGAUAGAGGUCCGCAGGGUCUGCAGCCCACGGGAGGCCCUGAGGUCAAAGGCAGUCAUCAAGCCGGCCAUUGUGGAGAUUGAUAGGAAGGAAGUUAUGAUAUCCGGAGUCGGGGCAGAGUUCUUGACCUCCAAUGGCAAGCCCAAAAUCUCCACGAAACCUGUCCUGACCACCAACAAGAUGACCAGCAGCAUCACUAUCUACCCCAACGAUCCCAGCUCUUCCAGGACCAGCAGCCGCAGCAGCAGUGUAUCCAGCGAGCCACCAGUCAAGGAACGCCACACGUCCACUAGCAACAUUGUCAUCGGGCCCAGUGAGCACAGGGGGAGCAUCUCCAUCCCCUAUGAGAUCUCCAUUCCCAAGAGUGAGAUCACCCUCCGGCCAUCCAUGGAUGACCCGGACGAAACAGAUCAACCAGGGGUGCUAGGGAAGGCCCGUGCGGAGACGCACCUACGCUCCCAAAGCAGCUUCAGCCUCCAGUCAACGGAGACCAUCUCAGACUUCAACAACGACACAGAGUCAGGUUUCGGGAGCAGCAGUAGCAGCACUACCACCGUCACCAGCUGGAGGAGCCAACACCACGGCCACCACACCUCCCAGGACGAUGGUCUCCCAGAGAUGAGAAACCUGACUGUGCGGAGCACCUGGAGGAACAGGGGGGCGGCAUCCGUGGACGAGCCUGGCCAGGGAGCCAGGCUGGAUGGGGUGGGUUCUGAGGAUGAGGUAGAGUCGGCCACCACGUGGAGGGCGUACCGCGCCACCACUGUCCUGGACAAGGAGGAGAAGGUUAAUGCCACAGGGGCCUCAACAUCACGGGCAGCCAAGCCAUCGCCAGCAGAGCUGUACAUGCGCAGGAUUAAGAACAGUGUGGUGACCACCAGGGACAUUGCAGAGCCGGUGCGCCGGAGCAAGAGCUCUCUGUCACCAACUGAGGGAGUUAUGCAGAGGAGUAUCCCUCACGAGCCUGUCAGUUCUCAGGAGCUCACACCCCGGCAGACACAACCCAUGGCUGCUGACAACACUAACCCCAGCUCUUGGUCACGGAGGACGAGGGCGGCGCCCGGUGACCUGGGUACCUACGAGAGGGAGAGAGUGAGGAGCUCCAGGCCUGACCUAGGGGCCAGCAGAGGAACGGGAACCACGGCUUCCAGACCAGAGCUGUGGUCCAGUAGGGGUCAGGCUGGCCAUGCGGAGAGGAUGACCGGGCGCGGCAAUCGACCAUGGAGCAACCGUCAGACCGACAACUAAACCGGCCAACCGUCUUAGUAGCUCCGCUUCAUAAUGUCCAGAGCUCUCCAUGCCCCCAAACUGCCUGGAGCCCGUCAACAAGGAGAAAUGUACUGUAUCAAGCAUAUCUAAAUUCCCGAGCAACAGCAGUCGCAGCCAUACAGAAGAAUAAACAAAUCUCAAGUCCCUGUCCAGCACCUACCCAUGCCUCUCGGAGUGCAAAAACAAGAUGGCCGCCCUCUGAAACCUUCAACCACACCCUUCCAUUUGCACAGACACAACAUCAGUUGUAUUAUAAUAUGCCCUUAUACAGUAUCGCUCUGGUGUGGACCUCACCACCAGUGAAUGUAUCCUCUUCUGCAUCUUCUCCUACCAGAUGUAUUAUAAUGUAUUCCUCAGACUCGACAAGGGAGAGAUGAUCACUUGGGUGACUGGGCCUAGAGGUGUGUGUGGGGGGGGGGGGGAGGAGAGACACAGGAAGGAAGGAUUUGUUGUCUUUUGGAGUGGACCGUUACAAGACCUCACUUUGGAACUUCCCAGCGGAGCUCCUAAGCUGCACAAAGGAUGUACCCAUGUGACCAGAAACGGGGAGUGAAUUACUUGGAUUAAAAAUAAAUCUACUCUGAUCUUUGACUUAUUCAAACUUAAUUUGGUGAGCGCGUUAGCCAUGCAUUUGCUUUAUACCGACAACUAGAGAACGACCAAUAUGGGUUUAAGGGCGGGCCUAUACUGAUACUGAUUUUUGGAGGUCAAGGAGGCCGAUGGCCAAUAUUUUAUGCCGAUAAUGAAUAUAAUAGAAUUUUAGCAUUUUGAUAAAUUCCCAGAGACAGCCAUAAAUCAAUUAUACAAUCAAUUUAACUUUUUUUUUUUAAGAAUCUAUCUACAUAACAUAAUGGUAAUCGUUGAUUUGAAUGCUUAAUUUCUUGAUAAACUGGGUAAAUCAAGAUGGCAUAGGCUUGCCUUCUUAGAAUACAGGUAAAAUCAUACCCAAUAAGACUGCAUGCAUUCAGGUUUUGAACUCGUUUGGGCUCAUUUCAAUGAUCUAUGGGUCUACAGAUGACAAUCUGUUUCCCUUCCAUUUGGGACCAUGUUAGCCUCAGGGUUGGGGAGUAACUGAUUACAUGUACCAUGUACUUUUGAAAAACUUGAUGAUUACUUUUAAAUUCAGCAAUUAUGUUUGUGGGGAAAAACAUAGUGUGAUACCUUUCUGUUUUUUCAAUGACAUUCAAUGAAUCAUUGAAAAAAGGUGCAAGUGUAAAGUUUGUUCCACUUGAGGGAGUCUGACCAGAAGUCAGAGACCACUAUGAUGACACACCAAAUGUGUUUGAUGGAUCCUUUUUGUCUUCUUCGAAUGCUUCUUAAGAGGAAAGUAAUCCAAAAGUAACUGAAAGUCAUCCUAUUAUGUUACUGAUUACAAUUUUGGACAGGUAACAUAUUCCAUUUAGAAAGUAGUCUACCAAACCCUGUUAGGCCUAGUGAUCAACAAAAUGUUAAAAGUAGCCUAUUGUCUUCUUUUAUAAAGACGUGCGCUGUCUCUUUAAAGGUGCUACACAUAGGAUUCUUCUGAAUUGUUGCAUUGUAAUUACAGAAAAUUUUCAUAAUAUUAUGGAACGAAAGUGUUUCACAGUAUUACUUAUCCGCCAGUGUUGUGAUUGGCUGUGAUAUUCGCCUAGUGAUUUCUCCCGCCAGAGCGGCAUCUGUUGUCAAAAUGGGAAAGCUGUUUUGACUUUGGCUGUGUUAUCUAGUGGAAAAGGGGUCAAUCGGCCAAUGUAGAAGUCGCUCGGUCAUUUACCGGUUGUUAAAAUUCUACACUGUUCGCUCAAUUUCAGUUUGUGAGAAAACAAGCACUUAACAGUGUAGGGCAGUGGUCACCAACCUUUUCUGAGUCGAGAUCACUUUGAGUAAAAAUGCAAGCCGAGAUCUACCGCUCUUUUUUUUUUAACGUGACUUAAAAAACG